AUCAGACCAACACCCACUCUCAGAAAGGCUGGCAGCACAGGAGACUACUACUUUGCCGAUUACUCUACUCAGGAAUCUUCCGAACCACCUGUCACCGAUACAAGUCAUUCCUUCUCAGGACAAAUCGCGCUCUACUGUCUGCAAGAAAAUCCUCAUGGCGAGUUUUAUCAUGGCCCUGUUUUCCUUCUUGGCGCUAGGCGGCGUCCUUGUCAGCGGUGUCGCCAUCCCCACAACGGACACCUACCCGACCGACGGUACCGAUGCGGGAGCCGAAGGACGGUCGGGCUGUAGUGAGCCCUCCGCCGCCCAACUCAGCCAGCUUCUCACCGACUGCUCCUCGGCAAACAACCCUGAGACGAAGGAACUGUCGUCGGGAACGAACCCGUGCGAAAGCGGCACCUGUCUGCAGCCGGCCGAGAACGACCUGUCUCAGCGGGCCUACUGUCCCUGGCAGGUCAUCGUCGACUCCAACCCUAACAGAUUCCCGACCGACAUCGCCUACGCUCGGUGCCAGUCGACAUUUCCCGGCCAAAACGGUGAAUUCAACUGGACCAUGGUCUGUGACAGCGUGACCUACACCAAACCCGUGCUGGUCCGUGAAGAGUGCGGCGGCGCGGACAACACCUACCGCUACAAGUGCGUGCACCUCACCGUGCCCAACGCCUGUGUGGCCGUAGAGCCUCUGUAAAAACACAACAGAUAUGCGAUAUCUCGUUGUUUCAGACCACCAAACCAUGUUUGGCUAAGGUAAGGUCCGUGUCGGACCAACUUACGUUUUUGAAAGUAACGUUUUACUAGUAAUUUAUUUGUAGUACCAGUAUUGUAAGUUCGCUACUAUGUUUAGCCAAGAAACUAUGCUAUAAUAGAAAAUGACGAAAAGGGUUGUAGUAUUAAUUAUUUGAUGUCCAAGUAGAGAAAAUCAAGCGUACUUUAUUCC